CCAUUCACUUUUCCCUAUACAAAACAGGAUAUGAGAAAUGAAACCAUGAAAAUGGGUUCAAUCUCAAACCAUAAUCUCAAAAUCACCACCUUACUUCUUGUUCCGCAACAUCCUAAAUCAUGGUCACAAAACAGCAACAACUUCUUUCCUCAAUUCCUCAAUUUCUCCAAAUUCCCAUUUUGUAGUUGUAAUUCAUUUAAAACAACCAAAAACUGUAUCAGUGUAACUGCAAAAAAGAAAAACCCAUCUUCUGAAUCCACUCUUACCCCUUCCAUUGUUGAUGAAAUCUCACAAGAUGAUGAUGAUGAUGAUGAUGCUGAGAAUUUCCAAGAUUUUUUUGAUGAUGAUGAGGGAUUUGAUGAGGAUGAUGACUUCGAAGAUGAUUACUUGGAAGAAGAGGUGGAACCUAGGUCUGGGGAUGGGGGUGGAGGAGGAGGGAUUUCUUUGGCGGGCACAACGUGGGAUAAAGAAGCGUUCACAAUAGCAGAGGAAGUUAUUCUUUCUUUUGAUGGAGAGUUGGGAAUUUAUGCUUUCAAGACGUUACAGAAUUCUACCAUUCGAGUGCGCAUAGAGAGGCUUUCAAACAAGUCGGGCUCUCCCACUAUGGAGGAUAUUGAAGCUUUCUCAAAAGCAUACAGGGAGCGGCUAAAUGAGGCUGAGGCUUCUGGAUCAAUACCUGUUGAUAUAUCACUCGAGGUUUCUUCACCUGGACUUGAGAGAGUCGUUAGGAUUCCACAAGAUCUUGAAAGAUUCAAAGAUCGCUUCAUGUAUGUAAAAUACAUGACACAAGUUGACGAUGAUGUCACAUCGUCUUGUGAGCGUGAUGGUAUUUUUAGACUCGAAUCUUUUAACUUAGAAACAAAAUGUUGUACUUGGGCGUUAGCAGAUGUUAGAGUUAAUCGAGAGAAGGCAGGGAAAGGAAGACCCCUCAACAAAAAGCAAAGGGAGUGGCGACUUGACACUCCCUUUGACUCUUUGCAUUUAGUUAGAAUCUAUGCUGAUUUCGGCUAGACUCUGAAAUUUUUAUGAUUUUUUUGUUUUCUUACAUUUUAAGGAUGUUAUAAGUUCCAUAAAUACCGACAAUCAUUUAAUCUUAUGAUAUAUAGUUAGAAUAUCAUAGAAGACUAUGAGUGAAAUUAUGUUUUCCUAUGAAAAUGCAUUGCUUAUUUGAA